CUCAGUGUGGUAUUACAGGGCGUGGUAUAACUGUUGGUACAUUCUUCUGUCACACUAAUUUGGAUAUUAGUGAGGAAUCAGGCAUUUCCUGCUUCAAGAACUUUGACCUGAAUCUGAGAGCCAUGUCUAAUCUAGACAAGAUUCAUGCACUAAUCAAACACUAUGGCCCGACUCAAACUGAUAUUUCUUUUAUACCUUAGGUGAUUGUCCUGUUCAUAUCCUUUUUCAGCGGCUUGACAGAUGGUGAGCUAUGACUUGUAAUGUUUGGGUUUGGUGGCAGGAAAUUCUUACGCUGGCUGGGACAACAACAAACGUUGGUGCACAGAGAUUUAUGGCUAUGUCGAUGCUAUCAUGGUUAAUAUUGGUUAGUAUUGGGUUAGCAAGCACCAGUUAUGUUGCACGAGAGAAGAGGCCUAUCUGAAUUAUGUGGGGAUGCUCCUAUGCUUGCCAGGGGUGAAAAGAAUGAUGUGUUUCUGCCUCAUUUUGUCAGCACGACCUCUACGUACAGAGACAAGAUAUAUAUUUCCAGUUAUAUAUGGAUGUUAUUUGAUUGGACUCUAUCUGUAUGCCUUCUUCCUCAUCUGUGCUUGUUCGGUUGCACCAAGCUAAUUGAUGGUCCCGCAAGCAAGGACUGGAGAGGUGGAAGGGCUGCUAGCUUCAACAUCAGUCCCAGCAGGACUGUAGCUGCAAAGGGUUUCGAUGUCCAGAAGAUUCUUACACGGUCGCCAUUGGCGUUCAUGAUGCUCAUGGAUGAUGCAACCCUGCUCCUCGCCAUGCCUACGAGAGGGUGUUGACAAGUUGAGCCCUCAAUUGUUGGAUGUUACUACCAAAAUAGAUCCAUGCAGAGCACCACCUGCAGGAGUUUUCUUAUAUAAUGACCCACAAGUACUUCUUAGGCAGUAUGAUCUAUGAGCUGGAUGGAAAAUCUGAUGUAAGAGUACUAUCAAUUCGCAUACCUAAUUAUUUCCAUGCAUACUGCACUUUCUACCCCUAAAUGUCUGACUGGUAUUGAGAGGAAUGGAUAAGUAGUGGAGGGCCGAUAUGGGUGUUCUUGUUUAAAUUUAUCUUCAGUUCUUCACAUGUAUUGUUAUAUUUUCCUCUAAAAAUGAUUAUAUGUGUUUGGUCUAACUAUUAUGAAAUGGCUUCCACGUAUCAGAUCUGUUGAGAAGUUGUGAGAUUUCCAAGAUGAGUGAAGACUUGGAUAAAUGGGAUGUUUUAAUUCUUUUUACUGAGAGAUAGAGGCUAAGAAUAGCACUGUUGCAUAUAUUAUUAUUUAUAUUCUGGUCUAAGAAUAGCACAUCUUCAUUAACAAUUCUCCAUCUGCACAUCUUCACUAAGCCAUUUUGCCGCUGAAGCUCAGCUAGCCAACAUGUAUCUUCAGUCAGGUGCCCAAAUCAAUAGCUGCAUUUUUUAUUUGCUAAAUUUGGCGUCCUUUAAUAACUGAGUAGAGAACAUUAGUUAUAUUUGCUCCAUUGGAUGUGUUCUUGCUGAGUCUUUUCCUGGGAAGGUUUUCUUAUCUUUGCAAGCUUUUUUUGCACAUUCUAAAUGUAUACCUACUUGACAUGGUAUUUCCCUUUCGCCUUUCAUUCUGAUAUUUCAAUGAAUACUAAUUCUGGCAACUCAGCAAUAGGUGUCAGAUAGAUUUACAGAUUGCCUAGAAUAGCAAGGAAAUUCCAUAAUUAUGAAUUUCUGGUCGUCAUCUCCCUUCCAUCCAUUCUUGAGUGGGCUCAUCAGGUUUGAACUAUGAAGUACUUUCAAACCAAUAUUCCUUGAAAUGAUUUCAGCUAAUAUGUUAUUCACGAUAGUAACACUACAGCUCGUUAGGUGCACGAAAUGAAAUUGUCUCCCUCAUGAAUCAUUUACAAUACACUCAUAUAUUAUUUUUUUGGCCUUGGUUGUGUCUUCCUUUGAGAAAAAGUUGUGAUAUGAAAUUUAUCCUAGGCUAAGCUUUGUCUCGCUAUUGUUUCAGGUGUGCUUGAAAUUCUUCUAUUUGGAUGUAGGGUCAUGGUUUGAUUGCUUCCUCUUUAAGUAUUAUCGUUUGUGUUUCUUUUUGGCAAGGAUACUGUCUCUUCAUUGACAUAUUAUGCUCUAUUUUACCCUCUAUCCUCUCCCUACCACUCUUUUUUCCUCUCUUUUCUGUUGUACUCCGUUUGCAGAUCGUAUAGUGCUUGAUUCUCUGUCAAAGAGUAUUUUCUGCUCAUGGAGUGCUUGAUGAAUUGCUUGCAGGAAACCCAAUGGUGUUUGUCCUAAACGAGGUUGCUGCUGCCUCGCUGCCUUGGCCUUGUGCCUCAGCCUCGUGCAGGGGUUGCCGCUGCCUCCCUCGAUGCCUCGGCCUCGUGCAGGAACCCAAUGGUGUUUGUCCCAAAAGAGGUUGCGUCGACGUCAGUUUCAGCACCGGCGGCAAGCGUUGGUGUUCGUGGUGUCCUUCUGUUGGUAUUCAUCAUACCCCUUUAUGUUCGUGGUUCUAUUUAUCACUUCCCUGUGACUCGUCGUGGUUUAUUGAGUACAAAUGAUCAAAUGUUUUCGAAUUGAGGUAUAUUUCCUGUGACUCUCAUCAUGGUAAAUUUAUUCAAGUCGUUAAAGAUGCAGGCCUAUAUGAUAGAAUUUCGCAAGCUUUUUCUGUGUUUUCGCCCGUCCAAACAGUUGGGAUCCAGGCUGACCAUAGAACUCCCAUGCAGUUACUUUAUGGGCAAUUCCAGUGAGGGUGGCAUGACUGCAGAUUUGGGUUGAAUGACUAGCUUCUUUAGGAGGCUCUAAAGGAAAGGCAUUAGACCUUUAUGAUAUUAAAUUUCAUCAUUAAGCAGCAAGACUAUCCUUUUCCCGUCAAGUAUGUUGCAACGGAACUUGAGAUUAUCCAUUCUCUACUCUGCUACAUGUUGUGCGCGCUUGACCAGAUUUGAGAAUAUAGGAAUAUAUCAUUAAUACCUCCGUGGAGCUUUUGAUAUAAGGGCAUACAUGAUCUACACUUGUUUUAUUCCUGAUUGUGCUUUACAAUUGUGAGAGACUUCAUAUGUACUUGAUAUCUACUGUUUUGUCUCAUCUUUUCCAUGCAGGUGACACCUCUUGGGGUGGAAGCCCAAUUUGUAAAACAUUUAUCAAUGCACUCCAUUUUUACAGCUUCAAAUUGUUUUUGGAUAGGCUUCCCAAAAUAGGAAGUAUGGUUACAAUGAUAGAAUCUGUGAACUGUUGUCAUUUAUACAUGUAAUUUACAGGCUUUGUUUCCAGUUGAAGAAUAAGCCAUGGAUAGUAGUGUGGGCUAUUGAGUCACGUCCUGAUAAUUCAUGAUUCAUGAUUGCGCCUGAUCUGUAAAUUGCCGGGUUCAGUGACUACCUCUGACACAUGUCUCACUCGGUUUUGCAGUCAUUCCUUGCAGGUAAAUCAAGUAAAGAUUAGGCCAGUCGACAGUACCCAUAGUGGUUGUAGUGUCGAUGGCCGGUGAGCUUCUUUAAGUCAAAGGCCAACCAAAAUGGCAUUGCUCUCUGCUCCCAGCACAAGGUCUGCUUGGCCGGCGUACAAGUAGAGAAAUGUUGUAAUGUACCCAUUAAAUUAGGUUGAAGCAAAAUAUUGAUGCAACAAUAGAGAUGUGUAUUCUGUCAUUAUUUUCACCCAUAUUUCCUGAGUUUAUAAAUGUUAAGCUCAAUUUUGUGGUA